GGAAAGGAAUGAACCAAACACACCUGAGCUUAUAAUAAAAACCCUAGAACCUUGAAAUCACUGUGUCUCAUUUCCACCCCAGAAAAUUUAACAAGAAAAAAGAAAGAACCAACUAUUUUCUACCAUGUACUGGCUAGCUACCAGAAACGCUGCCGUUACAUUCCCAAAGUUGCGCUCACUUUCUCUGUUCCUUCGUUCCCCUGUUCUCAGUCACACUCCAUUUCGCCCCUCCUCACUGUUUCUCAGCCGCAGACAGUUUGGUCAGAUUUAUUUUUUCAAAGACCGGAAGGCUUCGAGAGGGAUUACGAAAGCUUCGAAGAAAGUUAAAGUAUCAAAUGAUAAUGUUCUAAAUGACAAGGAUCUUUCCCACUUAAUGUGGUGGCAAGAGAGGCUACAAACUUGCCGGAAACCUUCUACUCUUCAUCUGGUUAAAAGGCUCAAAUAUUCCAAUUUGCUCGGCUUGGAUGUUAGCUUGAAAAAUGGGAGUCUAAAAGAAGGAACACUCAAUUGGGAGAUGUUGCAGUUCAAGUCUAAGUUUCCUCGUGAAGUUCUGCUCUGCAGAGUUGGAGAUUUUUAUGAAGCCAUUGGAAUAGAUGGUUGUAUUCUUGUUGAGUUUGCUGGUUUGAAUCCAUUUGGUGGUUUGCGUCCGGAGAGCAUACCAAAAGCCGGUUGCCCUGUCGUGAAUCUACGACAAACUUUGGAUGAUUUGACACGUAAUGGCUAUUCAGUUUGCAUAGUGGAGGAAGUUCAAGGUCCAACACAAGCUCGUUCUCGUAAAAGCCGUUUUAUAUCUGGGCAUGCACAUCCAGGCAGUCCUUAUGUAUUUGGACUUGUUGGAAUUGAUCACGAUCUUGACUUUCCAGAGCCAAUGCCUGUUGUUGGAAUAUCUCGUUCGGCAAGGGGGUAUUGCAUAAUUUUAGUCUUAGAAACUAUGAAGACAUAUUGUUCAGAGGAUGGUCUAACUGAAGAUGCUUUAGUUACCAAGCUACGUACUUGUCGAUACCAUCACCUAUUUCUGCAUACAUCCUUGAGACAGAAUACAUCAGGAACUUGCCGUUGGGGAGAAUAUGGUGAGGGAGGCCUACUGUGGGGAGAAUGUAAUUCCAGACUUUUUCAAUGGUUUGAAGGCAAUCCAGUCACUGACCUUUUGUUUAAGGUGAAGGAAGUUUAUGGUCUUGAAAAUGAAGUUACAUUCAGAAAUGUUACUGUGCCUUAUGAAAAUAGGCCCCGCCCUUUAUAUCUAGGAACAGCCACACAAAUUGGUGCCAUACCAACUGAGGGAAUACCAUCUUUGUUAAAGGUGUUGCUUCCAUCAAACUGCACUGGACUACCUGUAUUGUAUGUCAGAGAUCUUCUCCUCAAUCCUCCUGCUUAUGAGAUUGCAUCCACAAUUCAAGCAAUAGGCAAACUUAUGAGCAACGUGACAUGUUCAAUUCCUGAGUUUACAUGUGUUUCACCUGCCAAGCUUGUGAAGCUACUUGAAUUGAGGGAGGCCAAUCAUAUUGAGUUUUGUAGAAUAAAAAAUGUACUUGAUGAAACCUUGCACAUGUAUGGAAACUCUGAGCUUAAUGAAAUCCUGAAAUUGUUGAUGGAUCCAACCUGGGUUUCAACAGGGUUGAAAAUUGACUUUGAGACAUUUGUUAAGGAAUGCGAAUGUGCUUCAGUCAGAAUUGGUGAAAUGAUCUCUCUUGAUGGUGAAAGUGAUCAAAAGAUAAGUUCCUAUAAUGGCAUUCCGAGUGAUUUUUUUGAGGAUAUGGAAUGUCUGUGGAAAAGGCGUGUGAAGAGGACCCACAUUGAAGAAGAAAUUGCAGAAGUCGAAAAGGCUGCUGAGGCCUUGUCAUUAGCAGUUACUGAAGAUUUUCUUCCUAUUUUCUCAAGAAUAAAAGCUACUACAGCCCCACUUGGUGGUCCAAGGGGGGAAAUUUUAUACGCUAGAGAGCAUGAAGCUGUAUGGUUUAAGGGAAGGCGAUUUAGACCAGCAGUAUGGGCUGGUACCCCUGGGGAAGAACAAAUUAAACAGCUUAAGCCCGCUAUAGAUUCUAAAGGUAGAAAAGUUGGAGAAGAAUGGUUUAGCACAAUGAAGGUUGAAGAUGCUUUAUUGAGGUACCAUGAGGCAGGUGCCAAGGCAAAAGCAAAGGUCUUGGAAUUGUUGAGAGGACUUUCUUCAGAGUUGCAAACUAAAAUUAAUAUCCUUGUGUUUGCUUCAAUGCUUCUUGUUAUUGCAAAGGCAUUAUUUGCUCAUGUGAGUGAAGGUAGGAGAAGGAAAUGGGUUUUCCCUACACUUGUUGGGUUCAACAGUUCUGAGACUAUAAAACCACUCAACGGAGCAAAUAGCUUGAAGAUGAUUGGUUUAUCACCAUAUUGGUUUGAUGUAGCUGAAGGCAGUGCUAUUCAUAAUACAGUUGACAUGCAGUCAUUGUUUCUCUUGACGGGUCCAAAUGGGGGUGGUAAAUCUAGUUUGCUGCGAUCCAUUUGUGCUGCUGCAUUACUUGGAAUAUGUGGAUUUAUGGUGCCUGCAGAGUCAGCCUUAAUUCCUUACUUAGAUGCUAUUAUGCUCCACAUGAAAUCUUAUGAUAGCCCUGCUGAUGGAAAAAGUUCAUUUCAGGUAGAAAUGUCUGAGGUUCGGUCUAUUAUUACUGGAGCAACUUCCAGAAGUCUUGUGCUCAUAGAUGAAAUUUGUCGAGGAACAGAAACAGCGAAAGGAACCUGUAUUGCUGGUAGUAUUAUUGAGACUCUUGAUAAAAUUGGUUGUCUAGGAAUUGUGUCCACUCACUUGCAUGGAAUCUUUGAUUUACCGCUUAAUACCAAGAACACCAUGUACAAAGCAAUGGGAACAGAAUAUGUUGAUGGAAAGACAAAACCAACUUGGAAGUUAAUAGAUGGGAUCUGUAGAGAAAGCCUUGCAUUUGAAACAGCUAAAAAGGAAGGAGUUCCUGAGACAAUAAUUCAAAGAGCUGAAGACCUUUAUCUGUCGGUUUAUGCAAAAGAGAAUUCUUCAGAAAGAAGUGACAGGAAAGGAUCGCAAGUGUGUUCUGAAACAAGGAUUGAUUGUUCUGUUGAAGCUGAUCUCCAUUUUAAUAACAUUGGUGUGGGAUCUGUCCAUCAUAAGAUUGAGUCAAUGAUGACAAUGGAAGUCUUACAUAAGGAAAUCAAUAGAGCUGUCACUGUAAUUUGUCAGAAGAAGUUGAUUGAGCUAAAUAAGCAGAAAAACACAUCUGAAAUUGCUGGGGUAAAGUGUGUCUCCAUUGCUGCUAAGGAGCAGCCACCUCCAUCGGUUAUAGGUGCUUCAUGCGUCUAUGUGAUGCUGAGACCUGACAAGAAACUAUAUGUUGGACAGACUGAUGAUCUCGACGGCCGAAUCCGUUCUCAUCGAUCAAAAGAAGGAAUGCAGACUGCCUCUUUCCUUUAUUUCAUAGUCCCGGGGAAGAGCGUAGCAUGCCAAAUUGAAACUCUUCUCAUCAACCAGCUAUAUAAUCAAGGCUUCCCUCUGGCCAACAUUGCUGAUGGCAAGCAUCGGAAUUUUGGCACAUCAAAUCAAUUUGCAGAAACUUUGACUGUUCAUUAAUGAAUCAGAAUCCUUGACCCUACAUUUUGUACAAGAUGCUUUAGUUUGUGUGUUCCCAUCUUAUGUAUAUUCAGUGUAAAAAAAUCAUGUGGCAGUGGCUGCAACAAUUUUGUAUUUGAUUCCAGUUGCAGUUUCAGCUGUCUCUGUCUCACAUGGCAAGAAAAAAUAACUGUUUAUUUCAUUGCCAGGGUACUUAAUGUAGCUUUUGAUGCUUGUAUUGUAUAUUAAUUCAUUUCCUGAAUCUGAGUGAGUGUU